GGACAAGAAUCAGAAGAGAGGACAGACAACAAACCCCACAAAACAGAAAAGAUAGAAGACAAGAUCAGGACAUACUGCACUGCUGCAAUAUCGGGCCUCAUCAUAUCAUACCUGGCCAGUCAGCUCCCACACUGUUUUAAUUUUCUGUCCUCAACUUGAAUAGCCAUGGCGGUGCUAGCGGCGCUGAUUUUCACGUUGAUAUUUCUUGUGUUGAGAGUGGAAUCGAGUUGGUGCGUGGCGAGGAGUGAUGCCAGCGACCAGGCCCUCCAGGCAGCUCUAGACUACGCUUGCGGGUUUGGUGCGGACUGUGCUCCCAUACUUUCCGACGGGCUGUGUUAUCUCCCCAACACCUUGCUGGCUCACGCUUCCUACGCCUACAACAGCUACUACCAGCGCAAGGGCAGGGCUCCUGGCUCUUGUGACUUCGCCGGCACCGCCAACAUCGCCAGAACUGACCCAAGCUAUGGGUCUUGCAUUUAUCCAUCCAAACCAAGUGCUGCUGGGGGGACGGUUUCACCGGGAAGACCCAUCACGCCGCUCGCAACACAACCAACUCUUUAUCGUCCGCCGCCCGGUGCUACACACCAGCGCUCUGGAGAACUAUCCCCGAGCAUCGGAGUUAGACCGGUGGUUCCGAACAAGGCGACAAACAACUCCAGACCUCCGCCCAAGUUUUCAACCAUCGUAACAACCUUAAUUCUUGUCUCUUCUGUGUUUCUCAUUCUACAUGUGUUUUCACGACAUCUCUAGUCCAGGAACAUUAGAAGCAGUACUAGAGUUUAUUUAGUGUGAAGAUGGAGUAGGUUAGUGCAUUUUUGCUAGACAUUGAUUAACAGAUCGAAGAUUUCUAUUUGCUACUAAUAUUGGCUUGUGGUUAUUGGAAAGGAUAUUGACCCUAUUAAAAAUUGAAAACAUGCAAUUUA